AGAGAGAGAGCGUCAGAACCUUGCCUAGUCUAGAUGUAGAGGUGCAGACGAUACUUCCUUUUGCUCGUAUAUGCCAGUGCUGAACGUUCUAAUAGUUCAACAGAUAUUUUACAUCAGUUACGAUUUACGUUUCCGUUAGAAAGUCUAGUUGUUUUGACAUGUAGAAUUAAGAAAAGAAGAGGAGAAUGAAAAUGCUCCGAUUUCGCAGUUCAAGUGUCAAAUCCUUAAACCAGGGGAUUAAAUGUAGCAUCAGGCUGCUGGAUGACUCGGAGAUCUCAUGCACCAUACAGAGAGACACAAAAGGCCAGUACCUCCUGGAUCAUGUUUGCAACCAUUACAGUCUCCUCGAGAAGGAUUAUUUUGGUAUCAGAUAUGUUGACACAGAAAAACAACGGCACUGGCUCGAGCCUAACAAGACUGUUGUGAAGCAAAUGAAAUCUCAUCCACCAUAUACCAUGUGCUUUAGAGUGAAAUUCUAUCCCCAUGAACCCAUGAAGAUAAAAGAAGAGCUUACCAGGUACCUUUUGUAUCUGCAGUUAAAGAGAGACAUAUUCCAUGGGCGCUUGCUUUGUUCCUUCUCUGAUGCGGCAUACUUGGGGGCCUGCAUAGUGCAAGAUGAGCUGGGGGAUUAUGAACCUGAUGAACAUCCAGAUGAUUACAUCACCGAGUUCAAGCUGUUCCCCAAACAGACGCAAAAACUAGAAAAGAAGAUUGUGGAAAUACAUAAAAAUGAACUCAGAGGCCAGAGUCCAGCUCUUGCCGAAUUAAAUCUGCUCCAGAAAGCACAUUCUUUAGAAACCUAUGGGGUUGACCCUCACCCAUGCAAGGAUUUUACUGGAUCUACAGCUUUUUUAGGAUUUACUGCCACAGGCUUUGUGGUUUUCCAGGGGAAUAAGAGGAUUCACAUGUUAAAAUGGGCUGAUGUCAGCAAAUUGAAAUUUGAAGGGAAGACGUUUUACGUUAUAGGCAUUCAGAAAGAAAUCUCCUUCAAAGGCAGGAUGCAAUGUAAUAAACUGAAGAAGCUAGUGCUGACAUUCCACACGUCUUCACCUGCUGCCUGCAAGCAUCUCUGGAAGUGCGGGGUGGAGAACCAGGCUUUCUACAAAUGUGCAAAGUCCAGUCAGAUUAAAACUAUGUCCAGCAGUAAUAUAUUUUUUAAAGGCAGCCGAUUCCGAUACAGCGGAAGAGUUGCAAAAGAGGUAAUUGAAGCCAGCUCUAAAAUCCAGAGAGAUCCCCCAGAGGUGCACAGGUCCACCAUUGGCUACAGCAGAAGUUUUAACUCUCUAAACAAGCAGCUGAUCAUGAACGUGGAGCCUCUGUUACCAGCACUUCCCUCUCCCAGCGAAUCUGAAGAGAUUGCCUUUGAAAAUGGCCUGCAGGCAUUGAAGGAUAUCGUGCACCUGUCCCCAUUAAAGCAGCCCCAGUCAGAUGUGGACCCAGAGGAGGUGACUGAAAGCACAUCUCAGGAGACUGGUGGGGAUGAGAUGGUGGAUGUGGCCGCUGAGGACAGGACAGGUGGAGAGGAGGAGGAGGUGUUGGGAGGGACACUGACCAUCUCUGAGCUGAUGUACAGCCCCAGUGCCAGCGUUCUGCCCACCCCAGUGGAGGACGAGGAUAUCGACCUGCUCUUCAGCAGCCCUUUGAAACCAGGGAAGGAGACAGAGCAUGACAGGGAGUCCUAUGAGGACCUGGAGGCCGACGAGAGGGCCUUCCUAAUGGCGGAGGAGGAGGAGAUGAAGGAGGUGAGGCGGGUGCUGAGCCACAGCUACGAGCUGCUGGUGGGCAACAAACAGGUAAACGCCUGUGUGCGCAGCUUCGUUCGGCUCCUUGCGGUGGGCCUUGGACUACUGCUGUUCGCCCUGCCCCUCCUCCUUGUGCUCCUGGAGUCUGACAUAGACGUCUCCUUCCUCCACGAGAUCCGCCAAACCCCAGAGUUCGAGCAAUUCCACUACGAGUACUACUGCCCCCUCUACCAGUGGGUGGCCUGCAAAAUAAACUGCAUCCUGGACAAGCUGGGCGGCUCUUAAGAUUAACAACAGAAGCAUCCAUCUCCUGAAUUGUUAAACAUGAAAAAAGGGUUGCUUUCAUUUACUUGUGGGCUUGUUCUGUUUGUAGUAAGGGUGGUAAAGCCUGGGAUUUUAUAAGUUUUAGUGUAUUGUGUCCUUUUUACAGUAGAAAGGCUCAUAAUAUAGGCCACCUCAUUGUAAACCAGAAUUCAUCCAAAAAAAUGUGUCUUGUAAAGUAGGUUAAUUUCAUUUAGUUGAGUGUAAUCAAAUAAUUUUUUUUUUUUUUACACAUUGUUCAUUUAAUUUGAGCAGCCAAAUUAUAGAUAUGCUUUUCUGUUGGCAAGGCACUAAACUUAGGCACUGUAUGUGAAUCAAAGAUUGUCCAGAGGAAGUUGGCAAAAUUGAGUAUAAUUUAAAAAGAAAAAGAAACAAAUAGAGGUGUUGCUAAGCGUGUAGUCAAGGACACACUAGAAGUAUGGGCGUGGAGGGGGUGGAUGAAUGUAACUGAAGUACAAUUAAGAAAGUUCAGUUUGAAAAUAACUAUAUUAAAAGAAAGAAACAAAUAUGAAACUACUAAAAAGAAAGAUAAUAUAAGUUUUAAAGAUGAAGGUGCCGCUCCGCUCUCUUUUCUUAAGAAGAUAGAUCUAUAAAACAAUUUACAAAGCACAUUUUUUACAAAGGGAGAGAGGGUACAUAAGUUAUAUAUUUCAGGUUCUAAGCAUUAUGGGGUGGGGGGGGGGGGGGAUCAAUAAAUACAUUUCUGUAGUUUAUUAAAUAUUAACCAACCAAUUAAUUUGUUGAUUGUGGCAAACUGAUGCAUUUUACAAAUCAUGGAUCAUUAGUUUCAGUUUUAAGUAUAUUGUAGGGUUGUUUUCCAUACAUGUCAUUUUUUCAGCAGCAGGAUACAAUAUACUUGUUCCUCUGAUAAACAGAUAAGACACACACACUUUUGAAAGCAACCCUUGUCAAAUAUAAAAAACAAACAAAAAAAAAAACAACCAAGGCCUAUACAAGCAACUUUGUUUAUGCUGUUUUUAAUGUUUUGUAUAUUUUUAUGUGAUGCAAGUAUUUCAGGAAUUUUUUUUAGUACAAACAAGUCUAACUUAUUUAAAUGUACAGAUUUGUUGAAUAAAUGGGCAUGGUGGGAUGCAGAUGA